GUACAUUGUUGAAGGGAGCACAGUUGCACUAUACAUAGGGAAGUGCAAGUAAACUACAGUUUGGAGUACAACUUGCCCUCAGAAUUUUUGAAUUUCGAAGAUCGCUACAAGAUGAAAAAAACCUCACCAAAACUCAACAUUGCAGCGUUUGAAAACGUCAGUUACCUAACAAAAUAAAUCAGCCCACAGCAAUGUCAACCUAGCUACUACGUACAUUUAUGCGCGCUUAUUUAAGGCCACCCUGCUGCUACUUCUUCCCCUCCCUCCCUCCCAACGUCACAACUCCGAACCAACACCCCAUAAAUCCAACCAACACAUAACCUCUCUCUCUCUCUCUCAAACAAGAGAAGGAAGCAGCAAGGUACGCCCAUGGCGCCAUCACCUCGGCCGUACACCUCUCUGCUGUUGCCAUCUCUCCUCCUGCUCCUCCUCGUCUCCUCCAGCGCAGCGAGAGUCGCAAGAAACCAGGCUGCCCAGGACGACCACGGAGAGGUGGACGCCGACGGCGAGGUGGCGGCGAGCUUCUUCAGAGCGGAGGCGGGGGAUGAAGGUUGCGGCGGUGGCGCCAAAGGGGGAGAUGGAGACGAUGAUGAGUGCUUGAUGAGGAGGACGCUGGUGGCGCACACCGACUACAUCUACACCCAGGGAGGAAACCACAACUAGCUAGCUAGCUGGUACCCUAGUUGGGACUGAAAUCAUAGCAUCAUAUUCGUAUGAUCAAUAUGAAGAUUUUAUCAGUAACUGGGCAGUUUUUUUUUUUCUGCGAAUCGGGGCACUUGAUUGUAUAUAAGCUGGUAGAGAAAUCUUGUUGAGUUGUUUGUGAUCUGCUGGUCAAGUCAGUGCGUUGGCUGGCUUGAGUAAGAACACGGGAAAGAAUCUUGUAGGUCACCCUUGAACAAUAAUGAUACUACUACUAUUGUGUA